AUGGACAAGCAAAGACUACUAGGUCCGGAGGAAGAACGCCUGUUGACUAGCCUUGUCCGCAGGAAACUCCAGUCAUCUGCCAACAAGAAAUUUCUAAUGUGUAAAACUGGAGGCCAGCAGAUGUGUUUUAACAAACACAUCAAACCUCGCAAGCCAACUGACAAGGUAUCUUCUCCUAUAAAACGUUUGCGAUCAAGAGAGAUUGAAAAAACACGCAAGUUCGUCAGUGGAGGGAAGUCUCUUCUGCAACUUGGAAGAGAGCUCCGUGUCAAGAACAAAAUAUCGAAGCAGCUAAUACUAGACCAUGCAGGACUUAAAGUCGCCAAAUUGGAAAGACAUCAGCAAUUGGCAAUGAAAUCGACGGUUGGUCUUUCUUGGAGACAGUUAAGAAAGUUAAAAAAGUUUUUCAAAGCAAUAGGGGUCAAAUAUGAAGGCGAAGGGGCGGCAAGAGAUUUAAAGAAAUCACUUGUAGGUGACAACAUCCGUGCAGAGAUGGUUUUUUUCCAAGUGAGAGAUGACCAUUCUUCCGACAGCAUUGGUGGUUACACCCUAAGGAAGGCUCCAUAUGCAUAUGCAGUUAGCCUGGAAAACUUGGUCUGUGAUCACGUGGAUGCCCAUCUUAAGCUUGGUAAUUUGAGGUGGCAUGGAAACAUGCCAAAAGAUGAGAUUUGGUUAAAGAUUGGCGGUGACAAGGGAGGGGACACAGUCAAGCUAGAGUUCCAAAUAGCAAAUGUGGAGAACCCAAAUGCUGCUGCAAAUACAAUUGUAUAUUGCUAUUAUGAAGGCAGCGACAGUUACACGAACUUGCAGAUAGCCUUUGACAGGUUCAAGGAAGACGUAAAAAAUCUGCGACUCUCUGCAUGGAACGACAAGGAAAUCAGAAUGUUCCUUUUUGGCGACUACGAGUUUUUAACUAAGGUUUACGGGCUAAGCGGAGCAUCUGGUCGUCAUCCCUGCCUUUGGUGUGAAGUGUCCAGUCAGGAGAUGCAAACUCCGUUGGGUGCAAGAGGACAUGCAGCAAAACGAUCAAAGCACACAUUAACUCGUGAUCACCGUCGAUUCUUGAAUGAAGGAAAGGGGAUGAUAAAAGAUGCCAAAAACUACAACAAUGUCAUCAAUGAAAAACUAAUUGGUAUUCGUUUAAACCAGGUAAGGGAUCAAGGACAUGCAGCAAAACGAUCAAAGCACACAUUAACUCGUGAUCACCGUCGAUUCUUGAAUGAAGGAAAGGGGAUGAUAAAAGAUGCCAAAAACUACAACAAUGUCAUCAAUGAAAAACUAAUUGGUAUUCGUUUAAACCAGGUGUGUGUCCCCUACCUCCACAUUCUGCUGGGUGUUGUUAAGAAGCACCAUGAAAUGCUAGAAGAGGAAUGCCACACCCUCGAUCUGCUAAUUGCAGAAGACCAGGCCAGGCAUGGUGGUCUUACCAAUGAGGAAGGCCUUUAUGCCACCUAUGUUGAGAGCGUAAGGCGCUUACAGAAAUUAGAAAGCAGAAUCAGCCGGAAGAAAGCUGUUCUUGAACAGUAUGAUGAGAAUACCACAAUAGGACAGCUUGCUCAGCAAACUGGAGACAAAAGAUCAUUAGAAAAAAGAAUAGAAAAGCUUGAAAAAGAAAAGACAGACUUGCAAAAAACUGCUGUGUUACAUAAAGGAACAGGGAAGGUGGCAUCAGAGCUGGAUGUCGUGCUGAACCGACACAAUAUCUGCAGACAAGUCUAUCGUGGGAAAAGCUUCAUUGGAAAUCACUGCGCACAUUGCCUCAAGGUAAGCCCAUCACACUAUCAAAUGGAUUUAAAUUUCUUACACUCCUUAAUAUAA